GAAGUUUCCCCAAAAUUGACGGAGGAGCUUUUCAAAAUGUCGACUGCUAUGCUGAAACCACAGAAAUAGGUCUAUUUAUUUGGACUGGGUUUGAAAACGACCUACAACGAACAACUUCAACAAAAACAACAUUGAUUCAGUUGCCUGGCUGUACAUAGGACUUUACUCGCAUCCUCCAAUUCCUUACGUUAUUCAUGUGCCAGGCACCAGGCAGGAGAAUCCAAGUAAAGGAUCAUUUUUCAGCAGUUUUUAGUGUAUGUACCGGUAUACUAUAGUCACUCACACUCGGUCACAGACUCACUGUGCUGUGCUGUGACUGUGUGAGCUUGAGUGUGAUUCCAUUCCAGGCCCACUCACACUAUUGCGAGCUAAGAAAUAAUGGCGCUAAGAAAUGCAUCAGUAGCCAACAGUGAGAUGAAGGAAAGAAAGCCAGAUGUACCAUCAGCCUCACAAGGAGAAGAGCAUAUCAAAGAGGAAAAGGAAUCUGUAAGAGCAUGUCAAAGAUCAAGCCCUCAACUACCUAUAUUUGAACUGCUGCUUUAUGGCUUUGUGGUUAUAACUGUUUAUUGUUAUGCCACAUUCAAACUCUUCAAAGCUUCACAAGAUUUCCAGAUAAAGACAAUUAAUGGGCGUGGUCUACUUCAGCCAGGUUGGGACAUCUUGGGAAGGAGGUACCAAGAUAUGAUGCCUGGGGAAUGGAUCCAUUGGCAGUUCUUUACCCUUCAUCCUAUAUCUCUGGCUCUAUAUGCAGGACAUCUGAUAGGUGGAUUAUUUGUCUCUAAAUACCUACCAAAUCUCCGGAAGAGUUUCUUGAUCUGUUCAUCUGUGAUGAGUACUGCAGUCAUUGUCAGUCCUCAAGUCUUUGGUCUCUUGCUACUCCAUGCCAUCAUAGCCUACUUAGUUGCAAUCCUUGGUCGACGUACAUGGUUGAUAUGGAUAGCUGUCCUCUCUCAGCUUUCAUUCACUGUGGUUGGAUCUUUCUCUCAGUGGCAGAUCUCAUUACUUCCUGGAAUCCGAGAAUACCGUGUCAAGUUCAUCAUAGCCAUGGCCUUUUGCUGUCUACGUUUUAUUGCCUUUGGGGUUGGCUACGUGAAGCAGCAGAGAGAUCAAGAUGAAAGCAGUAAGGAUGAGAGUAAGAAGGAUAAAGAGGAUUCUUGGACUAUCUGGGAUUACCUGUUAUAUGUCUUCUAUCUUCCUACUAGCACCCAUGGCCCCUUCAUGACGCCACAGACUUUCUUUUUGCAGAUCAAGAAUCCCUAUCACCCAUCAAGCAUGAAAGAAUUCAGAUGGGUGUGUCUUAUGUGGCUCCGCCCACUCCUCUGUGCCAUCUUCUUGGAGUUUAUCCAUCAUUUCAUAUAUUUCUCCAGCUUUAUGUUACUACCUCAAUAUCUUGAGAAGUUACCUGUACUUGCAUUGCUUGCUUUGGGAGAGUGGUGUACCAUCAUAUUUCAGCUACAGUAUAUGGUAUACUAUGGUUUUGCUAAGGCUAUGGCUAUAUUUGAUGGGGUUUUGACUCCAGGCUUACCGGCAUGCAUGCAGACUAUACUGAUGGCUACACAUGGAUGGAGGUAUUUUGACAGAGGAGAGUACCAAUUUAUAUUGAGGAACAUCUACAUACCAUUUGGUGGAUCUCAACAUGGCGGUCUCCGGCAGUACUUUGCUCUGCUGAUCAGCUAUUGUUUCACAAGUUUCUGGCAUGGAUUUAAUUAUCAUAUCAUCGUCAUGGUCCUCAUCUUCUGGGUAUUGGUGCAGUGGGAAGCCUUCUCACCUAUCAUUGCCAAAAAACUUGGGGUUAAAAAAUGGGUUGGUAAGAUGUCUCCUUUGAGCAGAAGAAGACUAGACUGUUUCCUUACCGGAGGGAAGUAUCCACUCCUAGUUCUAGCUAUGAUCUUCUUCAUCAAUAACAUAGAGGUUGGCAAGAUCUUUGUCUCCAGGGUUCUUGGUGCAGAAGGUGCAUUGUGGGUUAUAGGAGGACUACUUGGGGUACACUACUGCCACGUUCAGCUGGUAGAGGAGUUCUUCUGCCGUUGUGGAAAGAAGUAUAUCAUGGAAAAAUACUACAUGGCUCCUCCUAAGCUCUGAGUGGGUAAAGACAUCAUAUGAUCCGUGCAUCUGUUACUAGGGAACAAGUUUGUGAUGGGGAAAUACUGCAUGGCAAAUCCAUGGCUCUUUAGAGAUGGAAGACAUUGCCACAUGAUAAGGGAGUGCAAUGGUUACUAGGGAAGAAGUUGUGAUGGAGAAACUCCUCAUGGCUCCUUGGGGGCUCUCAGGGAUAAAAUAUAUUCUGAGAAGAUGAAGGAGUGCAUCAGUUACUAGGCAAGAAUUUGUUAUUGAGAAACACUUUAUGGCUCACCCACAGAUGUGAGCAAAAGACAUCAGGUAUGAGGGAGGGCAUUCAUUUCUAGGCAAGAAGAUGUCAUGAAGAAACACUUAAUGGCUCCUCUGUAGUUCUCAAUGUCAGAAGACAUUAGGUAACUUCAGAUAUGCAUCCUUACUUCCAUGACACUAUAAUUUUGCCAAUAAAAAUGUUGAGACUGCAUUUCUGAGACAACUAAUCCCCUUCUCCAUCAGAUCUUUAUAUUUCUCACAACUGCUCACAUCCAAUUGCCAUCCAUUAAAGUUGCAUGUCAGAAUCUUGACGCUGCCCAUCAAAUGUAAUUGCUAGUAGCAUUCCUAAGCCAAAAGAGGAAUGUGAAGCGCUGGCGUCCAGGUUCCCCCCUUCCUUCGAUAGCACCAGUAAGGGCUACAGUCUCUAAAGCAUUCUUGUGAAGAAUGUGGCCUAAUAAGUGCAAUUGUCGAGUUGCUGACAAGGACAUCUACAUUGCUGACAUGUUCAGUCCAUGAAAUUUUCAUCAUUCUGCACAAAAACCACAUUUCAACAGCUUCCAAUGCUGUUGCAUGGGGUGAUGACCUUGUUUGGAUUCCAGCAUCCAGAUCCAUAGAAAAGCGUAGACCAUACAUAGUAUAACAACAAUCUGAGUCUGAUGGGAAGAUCAAUAGUCUGAGUUGUAAGUACUCUCUACAUGUGCUUUAAUGUAGCUUUUGCAAUUCCAAUCCGUCGCUUGAUUUUUUCACACCUAUCAGAUGUGACUGUUUUUUUAAUAUUUCAUUAUGUCAACAUUGCCAUCAUCAUAUUUUGAUAAGAUAUAAGAACACGAUACACAGAUAUUGGCAUUUUCUCAACUUUUAAUUUCCGUUCGGGAACUGUUAUCCCAAUGUCUCACAUAUUGGUGUAUCACAUUUAUAUAAACAAUUAAUCAACAAAUGAUUUUUACACCAAUGUUUCAUAAACUUGUGCAUCACAGAAAUUUUAAACAAAUUUAUAUACCUGUAGGGGAAGGAAAAAAGUCUGGCUAAGAAGUAACUACAUAGAGACAACCGGGUCACGAGUCACGUGACCAACUGGGAGGAUGGUAGCUCUACCCAGUUUCCCAGUUUCAUGGGCCAAAGGAUCCCCUUAUCAAUAUGCGAUAAUCUUGGCCUUUCCGAGCCAUUAGCUCACAAAGCUCUUGGCCAUUCCUUCCCCUGCGAGCAUCUGGAAUUGAUAAUGACAUUGCCAAGUACGUAAAAACACCCCAUAAACAACACCCGUAGUAAUUUUUAUUGCUGAUUCUUGAUUUACUUGGCUACACAUCUUUUAAUCAAAUACUGGCCAGGGCAGCACUUGCACCAUUUAAUGAGAUUAAAGAUGGAGUAUAUGGUUUCUGCGUAUUGAAGCUGAAAUUAGGUUGAGGGCUACCUGACGCUUUUUUUCCUUUUCACUUUUAUUCAUUAAUUCACUAAAUAAAUGACUAAUGUUUUGUUAUUCUUAUUUUUAUUUUCUUGUUGCUAACAGGUAUGAGACAAAAGUGCUAUUCAAUUUGAUGUUAAUGACAAACCAGUAUAAAAAAAGAAACUGUUCAAGAUAUGAAUUAAUUCCUAAUCAUAUUGGCUGCAUACAUGAUUAGACAUUUCUCCACAAUAUUCCCAGUGCUUUCUUCUUGCUGAUUCUUGGUUCAAAAAAGGAAAUGCAUUCACUAAUCUUGGGGCUGUCUGAGCUCUCUUGCCACAUUACUAAAGUCUUGCCCAUUAAGGGCAACUUUUCUUGUCCUCUUAAAAUCACCAAACAGAAUGUCACUUCCUUCGUCUAACAAGUGGAUUCCAUCCCUAUGAUAGAACCAAUGUUCUUGAGUGUUAAAUUUAUGAGUGACAGAUGAGGUGUACUUGUUCACAGAUUUCCAAACAUUGUCAAUGGCUGCCUGUGGGGUGAUGGCAUGUUCUUGGGCAUAGUUAAGGUGUGGCAAGAUGCUUGAGUAACUAACAUGAUAGUAGGGAAGCAAUGCUCUGGUUGACUGUAGUGCGACAUCUACUGCCUGUCUACAUUCCUUGGCAAUAUAGCGGCCCAAGUCAUUGGAUCCCAUAUGAAUUAUGAUUGCGGCCAGAAUGGGACUGUAUAUUAGCUUCUCUUGGAGAUCACUUGGGAAGUUGCGAAGUGUAGUACCCCCAUGGCCUCACCAUUUAACCUUGUGGCCUACCAGUCCCAGGUUGUGGUCCCCAGUUGUAAUGUCCCUCUCUCUUGAGCUCAUAUGUAGUUGUCCCUCACCAGCCAGAUUCUUCGAUUCCGAGCAUCUGUAUGGAGAAACCAAAUAUCUUUCCAAGUACACAUACUUAAUGGUAGCAUAUGGCUUCAUAUUACAUAUGCAUGAUAGUUUGAGAUAAUUUAUUUGAGACAUGUGCUAUAGAUAUGCAUGGUAAUGCAAAUAUGCAAGACACUAAUUAAGUUGGAGUUGCAUACUACACUUAAUUACACAAGACCAGAUUAAGAUUAAAUAACAAGUUUCACUUUGCCACCUCCCCAUGCAUUUCCUUAAUUUUCUCUUGAGAGACACCAUUCAAUGCUGCAGUUGCCGCUGCCCCAAUAUGAAAUGAAUGUGUUCCAUACUGGUAAAUAUCUGCCCGUGUUGCUCUCAUGGUCUUUUUCUUGAAUUGGUAUCUAGUCAGCGGUAGCCCAUUAACAUGGCAGAAGAGAGGAUCUUGGGCCUGUAAGCUCAAGAAACCUUACCAUUGCAACUACUGCGCAACCACCAUGGAUACCAUUCUCUCUUAUACUGAAAAUGGUGGUAGAUCUAUGCUGAUCCGUUUUGAGUGCAGUGGGGCCCAUUCCGUAAUUUGAUAUCGUGGAACUGUAUCAUUUUCUUAGCGUCAUGUCUAACCCUAGCUUUAAAUUUGCCUACCCUUGAGAAACCAAAAGGCUAAUAGAAAUGCAUCUUGGAACAAGCAAGCUUCAGAAAAGGAAGAACAUAUAUUAGGGGUUCUCAAGCCGGCCCGCGAGACUCUGCUCGGUGUUUUUAAUCACUUUUAAGUCACAAUAUGAAACAUUACAUUGUGUAUCCAUGAAGACCUAACUGUAAUAAAAGUAAUGGCAGUCAAAUUAAUUUGACUUUUAAACAAAGUUUAGUAGAGUCUUUUCUGUCUGUUCGAUCUACUUUCUUAUUAGAUGGCCAGCACUGUUCUCACCAUGUUUGGAUGCAAAAGUGCAUUAAGAACUAACUCAUACCGAAGUACCUUGACAGGGGACGCGGAACGAUUUUCAAAGGGGGAGGGCUGGCCAUUCAAAAAAAUCACAAUCAUAUGGUAAUUUUUAUGUUUUUGUACAUGGUUUUGGAAAAAAGUGGGGGGGGGGCUGAAGCCCCCGCUUCCGCGGCCCCUGCUUGACCAGUGAACAUUUGCACCAGUGCCUUCGUCUGGCAAUUACACCUUCUGUGCCAAGGUUCAAGCAACUUGUUGCUGACAGAUUGUCACUUUUCCCAUAUUGAAAGUGACUAUAGGAGACUGACAUCCUUGUUAGAGUCUACAACAGACAUGCUCUAUUAUUCAUUCUACUUUGACUACAAAAAAUAUUGAUACUUCAAGACAUUAUCUGUCUCCCCAAUACCAGGUAUGUAUAGGUACAAUCUAGAUUCCUGUUAACAAAGUACUACAAUUUUGUUAUCAUUAGUAUUGACUCGCUGUAUUUUGAAAUCUUGUCUAAUUUUGCCUGCGUUUUAUAUGAAACUGUUAUAAAUUUGUUGGAUUAAAUGCUCCCAAAAUAAGGGCCAGAUUGCACAAUAGAGCAUCUAGGACCCCGACCACAAGGGUCAUUGCGCUUCACGCACAUUUUUUUCUAAGUAUCCACUUCACCCAGGCCCUUUCAGGUUUAAUCGGAGUCUUAUCUGACCCUUCAAAGAAAAAGUUUGAGAACCCCUGACAUAUAUCAUAGACGGUUGGGAGGAUUUUAUUUAGCAAGGCUAAUGUGAUUGGGAGGCAACUGUCUCUUCGUUUUAGCCAGGCUCGCCGACAGCCUUCCUGCAUUUUCUUAAUAAUUAGGAAGUGUUUGGUCGGGUCCUGCCACUCAUACAUUUUAUGUACUAUACGACAGUGCGGCUAUCCGUUGUGCAACUGUUGACACGGCCAACCAAUUAAGAGAAAGCUGAGUGAUGAAGACCAUUACCAGUCAAUUCAUUCCGGAAUUUUCGUUUAUAGAGCAGGUAAUACCUUCUCUAUAAACGGAAAUUCUGGAAUGAAUCAACUACUCCCUGAUAACAGACUUUUGUCCCCUCCAAUUGAACUAAAAGCAACAGCAGACAAAUCUAUCUGCCAUAGCCAUUCUGGUGUUGGUGAUCGGUUGACCUCCACAUCCGGUGCCAGUUGGCGGAACCUCCUCAUCUGCAUUCGAGAAAAGGAGUCGGCAAUUGAGUUAUCCUUAGAAGAAAUGUACACUGCUUUAAAUAAGAAUUUCGUUCUUCAACCAUUCCAAGACCAAGAUCCGAACCAGGCUUAUUAAUUUGUUGCAAUGUGAAUUUCUUAAUGAUACUUUUGACAGUCAUAUUUAUCAGUGUGAAACCAUAUUCUGUUUCCUUUCAGUUGUGGACCCAUACCAUAAUAGCCAUUAGUAUUGGCAUCAAUUCUUUCCAAGCAGUGGAGUAGUCUCCCCUUACAUGGUAAGGCCAUCUGCCAUUGAACAAUUUUCCUUGAAAGUAGCCCCUGUAACCUAUAUCUCCACUAGGAACAGUGAACAAGUCCAAAUCCGUACCUGCAGCCCAUUGCCGGGAAUGAAUUACAGAGACUCGUUAAUAAGAGUUGAGGAAUGUCAUCCAAAUUCUUAAGUCUUUCCUAGCUCCCUCCGAAAUGAAGAUCCUUUCAUUGGCCCCUGUGUGCCCUUUAGUUAGAUUUAUAACUCUUCUCAAGAAUGCCCUACCUGGCUUUACAGCCCUACAAACCAAGUUAGCCUGGAGGCAGAACCCAUCGCAAGGAAAUCAUCAAUGCAAUGCAACAUCAUGUCUGAAUUUGUCUGUUUCCGUAUGCAAUACUCAGUGAAAUU